ACCGUCAGGUAACCAACUUUGGCUGUUCACUGCUGUGACCGGACUGAGCAGGCCUCUGAGCCGCGGCCUGGAGUUGCGGCCUUCUAGUCAGCGGAUUAUGGACGCGGCCUGACACGGAAGUAGAAGCAGCAGCCCGGGUGGUAAAAUGCCAGCUAAAAAGAAACCGAUUUUACCUACGCUGACCAUAGCACCAACAAUAGCUGAAGGACCUUCUCCGACAAAUGAUGGCUCAUCAGAGGCAAAUCUGGUAGAUCUCCAAAAAAAAUUAGAGGAGUUGGAUUUAGAUGAUCAACAAAAAAAGCGGUUAGAAGCGUUUCUUACACAAAAAGCAAAGGUUGGAGAACUAAAAGAUGAUGACUUUGAACGAAUAUGUGAGCUUGGGGCAGGAAAUGGAGGUGUUGUGACAAAGGUUCGUCAUAGGCCAUCUGGACUUAUCAUGGCACGCAAGCUGAUUCACCUAGAAAUCAAACCUGCAAUCCGAAAUCAGAUCAUUAGAGAGCUACAAGUCCUGCAUGAGUGUAACUCUCCGUAUAUUGUUGGCUUCUAUGGUGCUUUUUACAGUGAUGGAGAGAUCAGCAUCUGCAUGGAGCACAUGGAUGGAGGAUCUCUGGACCAAGUUCUUAAAGAAGCCCACCGUAUACCAGAAGAAAUUCUAGGAAAAGUCAGCAUUGCAGUUCUUCGGGGGCUGGCUUACCUGAGAGAAAAACACCAGAUCAUGCACAGAGACGUGAAGCCUUCUAACAUACUGGUGAAUUCUCGAGGAGAGAUAAAACUGUGUGACUUUGGUGUUAGUGGGCAACUCAUUGACUCCAUGGCCAACUCCUUUGUGGGAACCAGGUCCUAUAUGUCUCCAGAACGCUUGCAGGGCACUCAUUAUUCUGUACAGUCAGAUAUCUGGAGUAUGGGUCUGUCAUUGGUAGAACUUUCAAUAGGAAGAUACCCUAUACCACCACCAGAUGGUAAAGAGCUGGAAGCCAUAUUUGGACGCCCUGUAGUGGAUGGAGCUGAUGGAGAAUCUCAGAGCAUUUCCCCUCGUCCAAGGCCUCCUGGCAGACCCAUUAGUGGUCAUUGUAUGGACAGCCGACCAGCUAUGGCUAUAUUUGAACUAUUGGACUAUAUUGUAAAUGAGCCCCCUCCUAAGCUCCCUUCUGGAGUGUUUACAGCAGAUUUUCAAGACUUUGUACAUAAAUGUCUUAUAAAGAAUCCAGCUGAACGAGCAGACCUGAAGAUGCUAAUGACCCAUACAUUCAUAAAGCGUGCCGAAAUCCAAGAAGUUGAUUUUGCUGGCUGGUUGUGCAAAACUUUGGGUCUGCGUCAGCCAAGUACUCCAACUCGCACCACCAUUUAAUGUUUUUUGUUUUUUUCUUGUUCCCCCUUCCCCACACACACACUUUCACACCUGCCCCACAUUCUGUUCUUAUUUUGCCCUUUCUUUA